AUGCUGUGCGGCUUUCCUUAUCCUAUUUCAAAAAAAGCUAAGAUCAGUAUUCAGCUGUACCACUCCAUUCUUUUUAGUGAUGGGUUUGAUCCUGAUGAUGCCAAUUAUACUGCCGGAAAAUUAAAAGAAAUUCAAAAAGAUCUUAAUGAUAUCAAAUUUAAUGUUUCCAAUUUAGAUAUCUACCAAUACUUUAAAAUAUUUAUGGACUUUUAUCAAGGAAUGCUUCAUUUUAUAGACGUUACUGGAAUAACCCAAGAAGAGUUUACACAAUUAUCUAAAGAUUUUAUACACUGUUGUCAUGGUACUUAUGACAAACUCAAGAGUUUUACACAAGCAUGCAGUAAAAAUAUCAUCUGGUUAAAGUUUUACAGACAUUUUCCAAAAUAUUACUCACAAAAGAUUCUGAUUGCAGGAACAGAGAUAUUUAUGUGUUAUAAUGGUCUUCUCCAGUGGUUACGUUCUGAAGUCAAAAAGUUAUGGGAAAAAUAUAAAUGCAGAACGCCAGAAGGUUUUCAAGAAACUCCUCAUUAUAAAAAUGUCAUGGAUCGCGAUUUAUUCAACACUUUUCCAGACAAAGAUAUAACUUUUUGUUUUGAAGAUUUAGAUUUCCUUGAACCAGUUAGUGGAGAGAGGGUCAAAGUUGCUAUUUGUCACUUUUCCACAAGAAUAUAA